GGCAACGCUCAGUUAUUGAGAAAUAUGGCGGCGUGCUUGAGGAAGGCAGCUCAUGAGAUUGAUGUUAGGACGCGAACAGAUGAUGUUCUCUCGGCUGGUGGUGUGGAGUUCAGCUCCUUACUGCUUUCUAAACCAGUUCUGGAGGGUUUGGCAGCUUCCGGCUUUCAGAGACCUUCACCAAUCCAGCUGAAGGCGAUUCCGCUGGGGCGGUGCGGACUGGAUCUUAUUGUUCAGGCUAAAUCUGGCACAGGAAAGACCUGUGUGUUCUCCACUAUUGCCCUGGACUCCCUGGUACUGGAAAAUGCUGCCACUCAGGUCCUUGUUUUGGCUCCAACCAGAGAGAUUGCUGUGCAGAUCCAUGCAGUGGUGAUGGCGAUAGGCAGUGCCAUGGAGGGGCUGGAGUGCCAUGUGUUUAUUGGUGGACGUCCUGUGAGUCAGGACAAACUCCAUCUGAAGAAAUGUCACAUUGCCAUCGGAUCACCAGGUCGUAUAAAGCAGCUGAUUGAGAUGGGAGCUCUGCUCACAGCGAGUAUCCGUCUGUUUGUUCUGGACGAGGCGGAUAAACUGCUGGAGGAGGGCAGUUUCCAAGAGCAGAUCAACUGGAUCUUCUCCUCUCUGCCAGCGAAUAAACAGAUGCUGGCACUCUCAGCUACUUACCCAGAAUCCUUAGCGCAGCAUCUGUGCAGGUAUAUGAGAGAGCCGACGUUUGUGCGCCUGAACCCCACUGAUCCUGGACUCCUCGGUCUGAAACAGUUCUAUAAGCUGGUGCACUCUCAUGCCCUGCCUCAUAAGAUUUUUGAGGAAAAAGUGCAGAAUCUGUUAGAGCUGUUCAGUAAAGUUCCCUUUAACCAGGCGCUGGUCUUCUCCAAUCUGCAUACAAGGGCGCAGCGCUUGGCUGAUGUCCUCUCCUCCAAAGGCCUACCUGCUGUCUGCAUCUCAGGCAGUUUGAGUCAGGAACAGAGGCUUGAAGCAAUGUCUAAGCUAAAGCUGUACCAGUGUCGCGUCCUUAUCUCCACUGAUUUGACUUCACGGGGUAUAGAUGCAGAGAAAGUGAAUUUGGUGAUUAAUCUGGAUGUGCCUCAGGACUGGGAGACGUACAUGCACAGGAUUGGCCGUGCCGGACGCUUCGGAACUCUGGGGGUUGCAGUGACGUACUGUUGUCAUGGAGAAGAGGAGAACAAAAUGAUGGCCAUUGCUCAGAAGUGCAGCUUGGCACUUAGCCCAUUACCAGAUCCAAUCCCAGCAGAGUUAAUGGAAGAGCCGUGUGAUUGGAAUGUGAUUGUUCAGCCUCCUUCAAAAAAUGACCUUGCUCUUUCCCUUGGAUCCAAUGUAGAAAAGAAACAGCCCAAAUCUGAGCAGACAGUCUCCAAAUCCCCCAAAGAGCCUCAGCACAGACUUCUCACUAAAGAACAGACUGAGCGUUACAGUCCUGCUAGAACACAAAAAUCCAGUAUUGACAGGAACAAGGUCAAAAAAGCUGUCACUGGCCCUGACCAUUUACACAGUGCUGAAACACUAGAGCCUCGUCCAGCUCUUACGAGGAAGGAGAUGCAGGAGGCCCUUCCCAAAAUCCCUCCCCUGCCCUCUUUUAAACCUCAAGCAGUGAGACCUGUGUCCUUCACUGAGGCCCUGGCUGACUUUGAGUCUUUUAUGACCACUGGUUCUGGCCGAACAGUCGAGAUCAUAAAACUGUAUGGAACACAUGAGGUAAACACUUUAGCUGAUGAGCAACAGAAAAACAAUGCUGACGGCAGUGCUGGAACAGAUGGGGCUUGUAUUAAAUCUUAUAGUAAACAUGAAGAGCAAGUCUUAAGAGAUGAAAUUGCUCAAUCUGAGCAGUCAGUGGGUUCAACCUCUAGGUGCAUGGCUGGUAGCUCUUCUUCCUCUUUAGACAGUGAGUCUGAGAUGGAGACAGAACAGAAAACGGAUGCCUCGGCAUCCAGCUCUCUUUCCAGUGCCCCAAACCUGAACUGCGGCCCACAGCACGUUGUAAAAUUAUCAGCACGCACAGCCAGUAUGGCAAAGCAGCCCAUCAAACUCAGACCAAGUCCUUCCAAACCUCAAAUCAAGACUCAUCCUAACAAUCACACUCAGGCUGUUCAGCACUGCAAGUCAAGGUCAAUGUCUGAGGAAAAGAGGGCUGGGAAGACUGCCAAGGUAAAGGAAGGGAGCUGGAAGACACGGAGAAGGACACAGGAGGAGGAUGAAGAAGAGGACGGUGAAUCCUCUCAAGAAGAAGGGAAUGGACAUGAACAGGACUACUGGAGAGCAUGUUACCAAGCCUGGAAAGAAUAUUACAGCUCUUUGAGUUCAGCCUCUUAUUACCACUCACAUUAUAACUGGCUAGCUGCAUAUCGCAUGAAUGCUGUAUACAUGAUGGAAAUGAUGAAACGCUGAUUUAAGAACUGUAGAAAUCUCGUAUCUGGGGAGAUGCAGGAAACCCGGUGUUAGAUGUAUAGCACAUGUAGGAGGUCUGAACCUGAGGUGAUACAUUAGUGCCGAAGAGUCAGUGUUAAGAGAAACUGACUUAUGGCACUGAUUAUUUUAUCAUGGAUCAAUGAACAGUUCUCACUUUACAGUGUACUUAUAGUAUUGGAUAAUAAAAGCCUCCUGAUCGAAAUAACAGGAAUUAAUUAAUGAAUUGUAGUGGAUCUUAGGUUGUUGUAGGGAUAAAAAAAAAAGAAUGUCAUAAGUAGUUUUUUACUUUUUAGUUUUGGCGUUCACUUGCCAAGUGACUAAAUGUGUACAAAUGUACUUAUCCAGCCACUUGUAUAAUUUCAGUAUAAACCCUGCAUGGAUUACUGUGAUUCUGAAUCCAGCAUAUUAAAAAAAUUUGCUCCUUA